AAGGGGGGCUGCGGCGUCUGCAGAGGCGGUGGUGUCUGCAGAGGCGGUGGUGUCUGCAGAGGCAGAGGCGGCUGCGGUGGCAGAGGUGGCAGAGGCAGCUGCGGUGGCAGAGGCGGCGGCGGUGGAUCAUUUGCGGUGGCGUAGACAGACCCGUGGCUCGGAUAGCCCGCACUCGGUGUAGUCUGUAGGGCGGCUCUUUUGAACAUGACGGCGCCUUCGGUCACCGAAUGUCUGGAGCUCCAGCUGCUGGAGAUAGAGAUGUUGUAUUCCAUGUUUCCGAACAAAGGAGAAGUGCGUCUCGAGGAUCCGAAUGCCCUGAGACGAGUCAAGUCCUACCUGAAAAAUCCGAGUGGGCCCCUGCCCCCCAGGAUUGGGUUUGUAGUUAUGGUCUAUACGGACUAUCCGGGGGAUGUUGAAUUGCAGGUUGCCUUUCCUCACAACUACCCAAAUGCCAAACUGCAGCUCUUUGGGCGGUCCUAUUCCCUGGACAGAAAACAGCAGCUGCAGCUCAAUCAAGAUCUCACUGCUUACAUCACAACCUUCGACGCUGGUGAGCUGUGCGUAUGUGCAGCGGUUCAGUGGCUGCGGGACAAUAGUGGACCCUAUUUCCGAAGGAGCAAGCUCUUUACCGAACCUGUUGUGAAGGUGAAGCCGGUGAAGAUCACAUUCCAACGAAUGUGGAUCUACAGCCACCAGAUAUGUCGUCCAGAACUGCGAAAGAGGAUUUGGGAAUGUGCAAAACGACUAAAUCUGACUGGAUUUUUUCUGACAGGGAAGCCAGGUAUAAUUUGUGUGGAGGGCGAAAAAUCGCCAUGUGAGGAAUUCUGGCACACAAUCAGGUAUCCCAACUGGAAGCAUAUUUCCUGCAAGCAUGCAGAAAGUGUGCAGACAGAAACUAAUGGGGAUGAGCUGCGCCUCUUUAAGACCUUUGAGGAAUUGCAGUUUGAGAGCCAUGGUAAUUUCAGGCAUGAUUACCACAUGGAUCUGGGCAAGUUCCUGGAAUUCCUCAAACAGCAUCAGAGUGAACAUAUUUUCCAGAUGUUGUUUGGCAUUGAAAGCAAAAGUUCAGACCACUAGAAAUUUGUUCACAGAGCAGCAUUUGCAGUUUCUCAAGUUAUUCUUUCCACUAAGAAUAAAAACUUGAGCUUAAAUGGAAUUCAUUUUGUGUGUUAGCUGCUGCAGUAUAGAAGCAAGUUUUUUUUGGCUUUUUCAUCCUUUUUUUUUUUUUGGGUAGAAAAAGAGGUAUGCGGUGCAGACCUGUUAUUUUUAUUAGGAAACUCUUAAUGUGGAAAGUCCCUCCACUGAUACAAGUCAACAGCUCAUCCAGCAUUUAAUGUGAGAGGUUAUGGAACUUGCCCAUGAUCAAAGAGCUAGAAGGUUGGAGAGGCAGAAGUGAACACUGGUCUUGCAGACUUCAAGGCCAGCCCUCUAACCACUAGAUAGUGCUGCCUCUUAGAAAUGGUACCCAUCAUUUAAAGGAUUAGUGACUUUCUGCCACUUCAUGCAAUGCUAGUGCUAGGUUGCUUUGCUUCCUGAGUUCUGGGUCAUUAGGCACCCUCUGUAGCCUAGUUUUCUGUUCUCUUUGUAUCUGAUGUAGCACCAAACACAGUCCAUGCUAGACACAAUGUAGAUAUGUAGUAAUAUAUGUUUGUUGAUUAGUGUGAACGCCAUCAGGCACCCAUGGAGACUCUAGGUCACUAAGACCAUUGUAAAUAUUCAGUUUGGGAUUGUUAACAUCUCUAAGAAACCACAACCAUCACAGGGAAUCUACUGCGCUCUGACCAACUGCCAGGUAGGGAACUUUGAGGCAGGUAAAGUAGAUCUGGGGUUCUUAAACUGUUUCAGGAGCCUUCUGGUUCAUUCUAGAUCCUGUAAAAUACCUGAAAGCGAGAGCGAGACCACCCCAUCUCAUCUCUCCAGGGGGUGGACCAAGGGGCAACCCACAGCUGGCAGGAACCUACAGAAGGCUUAGUCUGAAGGCUGCUUCAGCACACAGGUAACAUCAGGUACUCUUACUGGAAUCCUGUGACUGUGAAGUUCUCCAUCAAGGGAGAUGCAAAAUUAGUCACAGACUAGAAAGGGAUAAAGACAAGCAGAUAAACAGUAAAUAUAUUUGAAGUACACCUGAGAAGUGCAAAACAAAGCAUUUGGGGAUUAUGAAGAAGAAAGGGUCAUUGUCUCAUAACAGUGAUCAGGAAGGCUGAACUAAUGUCCUAGCUAAAGUAAGUUAAGAUUGUGAUGGCAAACAAGUGAAAGGAGCAGAAGUCUUUAAAAAUAACAGCAAGUGUGGGAUACGGGCAGAUUCUGGCAGAAUUUUAUUAGUUCCCUGGACUGAUUAUCUUCUUAGUUUAGAACAUGGUGCUAAUGAGCAGCCCAUUGUUGUGAGUCAAAUUCUUAAGCAGGACAGUAAGCUUCCUACCUUGUUAACAUGGCCAUAAGCUGAAAUUGUAUCUUUGGCCAACUUCAUCACAAAGAUGUAUCAUUUGUGCAGCAGUAAAUCUGUGUUAAAUAUUGUGGAUGGCUUAGCCCAGCCUUAUACCAGAACGGUGUAAGGAAAAAAACACUGAAUUUUGAGUCAGAAGACCUGGUUUUGAAUCCUGGGUUUGCUCCUUAAUAUUACGUUACCUUAAACAAGUCCUUUAACUUCCCUAAAUUCGGUUUCCUCAUCUAUAAAUUUAUGUCAGUCUAUACUAGAGGUUCUUAACCUUCUUUGUGUCAUGGACCAUUCCGGUAAAGCCUUCUCAGAAUAAAUUUUUUAAUGAAUAAAAUAUAAUAUAUGGAACUAUAAAGGAGAUCAAUUAUAUUGAAAUAGUUAUCAAAAUAUUUUUUGAAAACAAGUUCACAGAUCCUUGGUUAAAGAACUUCUGAGUUAGUUGAUCUAGCUCAUCUAACUCUAAAUCCUAAAGUCUUCUGACCAUUUAGGAAGUGGGGGAGGGGGAGAGGGAAUGCUUGUGUUAAAGUGUCGACAUGUCUUUAUACAAAAAGCUGUUCACUUUUUAUUAAUCUUUCAGAGAAUCAUUUUUCAGCUUUUUUUCUGUAAGUGAAAAUAUGUUGGUGUAAUAAGUGAAUUUUUUCAUAUAGUGUUCUUAAAAUAUCAGAAGUGUACUUAUUACUCUCAAAUGUUAAACGUAAAUGUACUUGUUUUCUUGUCUUUUGAAUGGGAUAAUAUUUGCCAUUUACCUACUUGAGAUAAGGAUUAUUAUUAGUAAAGAAAAAGUAUUUUGUCUUCUCAAUUUUCCUCGUACAAUUUGUCUGGAUCUCUCCUUCCUCCCCUUCCCUUUUGUAAAUGUAUUAGUGUAUGUGUUAUAUCUUGCUUCGCCCUUCCCUCUGCUCCCUCAAAAAUGUGACAUCCCUGGUAACAGGGACUGCCAUUUUUUAUCUUUGUAUCCCCAGUACAAGUGUAUUUAGUAGUAGCUACGUAAUAAAUGUUGCAUUGACUCAAAAUCUA